CCGCCAUUUUACAUUGAAAAGUAGGAAUAAAAAGCCGGAUCAACUUUAGGUGAUUUUCCUCUCUUUCGACAGAGGAGAGGGAUUUUACACUGUGUCCAUACCAUUUUUUUAAACGUAAAAAGCGUCUUCAUAGAGCCAUGUCUAAACCAAGAACAGCAGCACCGACAGUGAUCCAUAAAGUGAUCAUGGUUGGAAGUGGAGGAGUUGGAAAGUCAGCAUUAACAUUACAGUUCAUGUAUGAUGAGUUUGUUGAAGACUAUGAACCUACAAAAGCUGAUUCAUACCGCAAAAAAGUAACUCUAGAUGGUGAAGAGGUUCAGAUAGAUAUCCUAGAUACAGCAGGCCAGGAAGAUUAUGCUGCCAUUAGAGACAAUUAUUUCCGUAGCGGUGAAGGAUUUCUAUGUGUUUUCUCAAUUACUGAACAGGAAUCAUUUCAAGCCACAGCUGAAUUUAGAGAACAAAUAUUAAGAGUAAAGAAUGAUGAGAACAUUCCAUUCCUGUUGGUAGGAAACAAAGCUGAUUUAGAAGAGAAAAGACAAGUCACUUUAGAAGAAGCAACCACAAGAGCACAACAAUGGAAUGUUCCUUAUGUAGAGACAUCUGCCAAAACCAGAGCCAAUGUAGAUAAGAGUUUUUACGAUCUGAUGCGAGUUAUUCGAGCCAAGAAAGAAGUUAGCCCUCCACAAAGUGGCGGCAAAAAGGCACCAGGCCAGCCUAGCCAUGGCAAGAAGAAAAAGAAGAAGUGUACAAUUCUAUAGAGUAUUAUCACCCAUGUUUUCUUUGACCUCAUGAGGGAAAUAAGAGCACAGAAAGCAGAAGCAAACAAACAAACAAAUGGCAAGAAAAGCAAAACUAAAGAAAAGAAGCGAAAAUGUUGUAUUUUGUGAGCAAGUUAGGAAAUGUUAGAACACAACAAUUAUAAAUGUAAUUUAUAGAAAUGGAUUUAUUUAAAUUACUAUUCGUGAUGAGGUCAGAGUGGGUUAUCUCACUGAUGAUCUCGAUGGGCUAGACUGCCCCCCCCCCCCUCACCUGGAUAGAAUUCUUUUCUAAAUUAAAUCAAAUGGGCACAAUAUUGGCUAUGUGACAACGAAUCCUGGUUUAAAGUUUGUGGCAAAUUAGAGCCCUCCUACAGAUGAUAGAUGGGAACUGCAAACUCAAGCUUGGUCAACUUAGGAGCUCACAUUGAAACUAAAAAGUGGACAAAGUUAAUAUUUGAAGCAAUCAUAUUAAAACAAAAGAUGAUUAAUACAAAGAUUAAAAUUUUUGCAUAGUCCAAGCAGUGACUCAAGAAACCUGUGCCAGUGUAAAAUUGCAGCAUGGCGACAAAAAUCAAAUUAGAAAAUUGAUGCAAACCUCAAAUAAAUAUUUCUGUGAGGUCAUUCAUAUUUUCUUAGAUGUAUUUAGGAAGUUCCUGGUUUGGUUGCCAUGGCAACAUUAGAUGUGAGAACCUCAAAAAAUUUAAUGCCUCUCUUCACUUCUCAUGUAUACUUUCUACUACAAUUAACCUCUGAAUGCUGAGCAACAAAAAUUUUUACACAAAGUUUAAGACCAAUAUGUCUUAGAAAUUCAAAACAUUUAUCAAAUUUACGCAAAUUAUUAACUGAAACAUGCACAAUGGGUCAUUCUUAUUUUAGUAUCAGUGAAGCUGAAUGACAAAGACUGACAAAAAUAAAAAAAUUCUUUGCCAUCCAGUCCAAGAGGUUAAUUGCUGAUGCCAUCAUCUAGAAACACUUGACAAGUGUAAACUUAACAUUUAGCAUAUCAUCCACUAUCAAUUUCGAACUCCAUGAAAACAUGUUUUAUAUGACCUUCAUGGUGGAUUCACCAUGAUUUUUGCAAAAUUGCUAAACAUAUAAUUUAACUGUUGUAGCCUUAUUAGAUAAGAUGAUCAAUGUAUUCAUUUAAAGUUAAAGUGUGUCAUACAUUUUAGAAAAGUGCAU